GCCAGAAGAGCAGGAAUUCCAGUGUGAGGAGUCCAAAGAGUUUAGCAGCACAGCGGAAGUGUUACCCGUCAGGAGCGAGUGUGUGAGAGAGACUUCAGCGGGGGAUCAGGCGGCAUGAUGUGGGCUCGGUUGCUGGUCGGUGUCGGGGGCUCGGGGCUCGGGCUGCGGGCUUCCAGAGACGGUUUGCUGCGGGUGGCUGGAGCUGGAUGUGCGGGGAGGAGACAGGCUUCAAGUGCUGAGGCUGCCUGGAAGAAGACUCCACUGUUUGACUUCCACAGGGAGCAUGGGGGGAAGAUGGUGGAGUUUGCAGGUUGGAGUAUGCCUGUCCAGUACAAAGACAGUCACAUCGCUUCACACAUGCACACCAGAGAGCACUGCUCCAUCUUUGAUGUCAGCCACAUGCUGCAGACCAAAGUCCACGGCAAAGACAGGGUGAAGUUCAUGGAGUCUCUAGUAGUUGCAGAUAUUGCAGAACUCAAGGACAACCAGGGCACACUGUCCCUCUUCACCACUGAGAAAGGAGGGAUCAUCGAUGACCUCAUUGUGACAAAGACAGACCAGGGCUACCUCUACGUCGUCUCCAACGCUGGCUGCGCCGACAAAGACACAGCUCAUAUGAAGGCUCGACUGGCAGAGUUCAAAGCUAAAGGUUUUGAUGUGGAUCUGGAGUUCCUUGAUGAAGCGCUGAUUGCUCUGCAAGGUCCAUCCAUGUCUCAGGUGCUCCAGGCAGGGCUGAAAGAGGACCUCAGUAAGCUGACCUUCAUGACCUCCACCUUGGCCACUGUGUUUGGUAUCCCUGGCUGCAGGGUGACCCGCUGUGGAUACACUGGAGAGGAUGGAGUGGAGAUCUCCGUCCCUCAGUCCAGAGUGGUGGAGCUGACGGAGAAGCUGCUGGCUAACAGUGAGGUGAAGCUGGCCGGUCUGGGCGCCAGGGACAGUCUGCGGCUGGAGGCAGGGCUUUGCUUGUAUGGCAAUGACAUAGAUGAGACCACCACGCCUGUGGAGGGCACCCUAGUCUGGACCAUAGGAAAGCGUCGGCGUCAGGCCAAGGAUUUCCCAGGCGCUGACAUCAUUGUACCUCAAAUAAAAGCCAAGACAGCCAGGAAGAGAGUCGGCCUGGUGUCCACCGGCCCCCCCGUCAGGCAACACACACCCAUACUCAGCCCUGAUGGAAAGGUUAUAGGUGAGGUGACCAGCGGCUGCCCCUCCCCCUGCCUAAAAAAGAACAUUGCCAUGGGUUACGUGGACGCAGCGUUCACUAAGAACGGAACAGCCAUCCAGGUCGAGGUCAGGAAAAAAGCAGUGCCCGCCACCGUCAGCAAGAUGCCCUUCGUUCCCACCAACUACUAUUCUGGAUAGGAAGGACACACACAUAUAGCACACCCACCCAUACACAUGCAUACACAAUACAUACACUGGAAACAUUCCUAAACCCUGUCCCGUAUUUACCAAUGCUGCCCCCGUCUGUUUACCUCCAGCAAUACAACACUGAAAAAAGACUGAAAGUCUUUGUUUGUGAGCUCUCUGAGAGAGAAUUACCCAAUAUGACAAACUACUAUACAAUACAGUAUUUGUGCUGGUCAUGUGAUCAGGCACUUUCAUUGUGAAGCAUAUUAAAUGCACAAGAGUAUAAAGUGAUGGGUGCUUUGAGGACAACAGGAUGCUACAAGACUUUGUGCAGGACAUUUUAAACAGCAGGCUGUCUCUCUACAAGCAGCUAGUGUGCUGCCUGUGUGUGUGUUUGUUUAAGAAAGGCUGCAUCCAUUAACAUGGAUUCAUCUGUGGAUGGGUGUGCAUGAAAUAAAUUAAAAGCAGUAUUGUUGAGUCUGAGAACGUACAGUAUGUGCGACAGUAUGGGUUUAGAUGCUGUGUUAACAUGAUUUGUAGACCAAGCACUGUUAUUUUUUUCUACUUUAUAAGCGGAGAGCAGGUUGAACUGAAUCAACUUCCUGCACUACCAGUAAGAUAAGAAAGAAUGAGGCUGUGUGAAUCCAUUAAACACAAAGAUUGAAUUAACCUUUUGUUGUAGAUUGUAGGUUUCGCUAAUAAAACAUGACAUCAUUUACUUUUUUGCCACUGGACCAAAACAAAGAGAUUCCAAAUCUUUCUUCUGAUGUUUUAACAGUACAUGUUGGCUUUUUUUUAAGGUCUGUCAAAUGUCACAGUGCCAAAUUUCUAUCCAUAGUAUUAUUAGUUGUAAACAGCUUGAUCAAGGGAGGUCAGACAGGGCCAACUAAUAAUCCUUUCAACACAUAACCCUUAUCUGAAGUAUGUUAAUCAACACUAACGUGCUGGUUCAGUUUGUCGAACUGGCAUUUUGUACUAAUUAGCAAAUUUUCUCAAGGAGUUGUUUUUGGAAAGAUUUUAAGAGGGGUUCUAGUUUGCUCUGUUGCUAUGGUGAAAAACCUGAUCUCUACACCAACUACUGUUUAUAAUAUGAUCAUAUGAUGAACCUAAAAGAGAAAUUGACAUUACAUGUGGUACAAUGAAAACCUUACUUGAAUAUGUUAAUUGUCAUCAUGUGUUUUCUGUCUAGCAACUAAUGAAAAGUAAUUUUAUUGUCUUUGGACUUUCUAUAGAACGCUGAAUGUAUUAUUUUGUUAGAAAUAACAACAUACUUAAUAUAGAAAUACUACUGAUUUAUAGAUUGUCAGGUUUUCUGUCUUGAAGAUGCACUUUUUGCGUCACUGUGGAUUUUAAUAUUUAACUGAAUUUUCAUGUUAACAUUUUGAAUAACGUAGAAAAUAUUUUCUCUUUAUUAAAGACUA